CGCAUCUGUCACAGACUUGUCCUGAACCGACAGCGGCUGGCGUAGCCAGCUUGACGAGCAGAUGGCGCGGCCUGGGAGAGCCCGGGAGCCGCUGCUCGUGGCGCUGCUGCCGCUGGCGUGGUUGGCGCAGGCGGGCCUGGCGCGCGCCGCGGGCUCUGUGCGCCUGGCGGGCGGCCUGACGCUGGGCGGCCUGUUCCCGGUGCACGCGCGGGGCGCGGCGGGCCGGGCGUGCGGGCCGCUGAAGAAGGAGCAGGGCGUGCACCGGCUGGAGGCCAUGCUGUACGCGCUGGACCGCGUUAACGCCGACCCGGAGCUGCUGCCGGGCGUGCGCCUGGGCGCGCGGCUGCUGGACACCUGCUCGCGGGACACCUACGCGCUGGAGCAGGCGCUGAGCUUCGUGCAGGCGCUGAUCCGCGGCCGCGGCGACGGCGACGAGGUGGGCGUGCGCUGCCCAGGAGGCGUCCCUCCGCUGCGCACCGCGCCCCCAGAGCGCGUCGUGGCCGUCGUGGGCGCCUCGGCCAGCUCUGUCUCCAUCAUGGUCGCCAACGUGCUGCGCCUGUUUGCGAUACCCCAGAUCAGCUAUGCCUCCACAGCCCCGGAGCUCAGCGACUCCACGCGUUAUGACUUCUUCUCCCGGGUGGUGCCACCCGACUCCUACCAGGCGCAGGCCAUGGUGGACAUCGUGAGGGCACUGGGAUGGAACUAUGUGUCCACACUGGCCUCCGAGGGCAACUAUGGCGAAAGCGGGGUUGAGGCCUUCGUUCAGAUCUCCCGAGAGGCUGGGGGGGUCUGUAUUGCCCAGUCUAUCAAGAUUCCCAGGGAACCAAAGCCAGGAGAGUUCAGCAAGGUGAUCAGGAGACUCAUGGAGACACCCAACGCCCGGGGCAUCAUCAUCUUUGCCAAUGAGGAUGACAUCAGGCGGGUCCUGGAGGCAGCUCGCCAGGCCAACCUGACUGGCCACUUCCUGUGGGUUGGCUCAGACAGCUGGGGAGCCAAGACCUCGCCCAUCUUGAGCCUGGAGGACGUGGCCGUCGGGGCCAUCACCAUCCUGCCCAAAAGGGCCUCCAUCGACGGAUUUGACCAGUACUUCAUGACUCGAUCCCUGGAGAACAACCGCAGGAACAUCUGGUUCGCCGAGUUCUGGGAAGAGAAUUUUAACUGCAAACUGACCAGUUCAGGUACCCAGUCAGACGAUUCCACCCGCAAAUGCACAGGCGAGGAACGCAUCGGCCGGGACUCCACCUACGAGCAGGAGGGCAAGGUGCAGUUUGUGAUCGAUGCGGUGUACGCCAUUGCCCACGCCCUCCACAGUAUGCACCAAGCGCUCUGCCCUGGGCACACAGGCCUGUGCCCAGCAAUGGAACCCACCGACGGGCGGAUGCUUCUGCAGUAUAUUCGAGCUGUCCGCUUCAAUGGCAGUGCAGGAACCCCUGUGAUGUUCAACGAGAACGGAGAUGCGCCCGGGCGGUACGACAUCUUCCAGUACCAGGCGACCAAUGGCAGUGCCAGCAGUGGCGGGUACCAGCCAGUGGGCCAGUGGGCAGAGACCCUCAGACUGGAUGUGGAGGCCCUGCAGUGGUCUGGUGACCCCCACGAGGUGCCCUCGUCUCUGUGCAGCCUGCCCUGCGGGCCGGGGGAGCGGAAGAAGAUGGUGAAGGGCGUCCCCUGCUGUUGGCACUGCGAGGCCUGUGAUGGGUACCGCUUCCAGGUGGACGAGUUCACAUGCGAGGCCUGUCCUGGGGACAUGAGGCCUACGCCCAACCACACGGGCUGCCGCCCCACACCUGUGGUGCGCCUGAGCUGGUCGUCCCCCUGGGCAGCCCCACCGCUCCUCCUGGCCGUGCUGGGCAUCAUGGCCACUACCACGGUGGUGGCCACCUUCGUGCGGCACAACAACACGCCCAUCGUCCGGGCCUCGGGCCGAGAGCUCAGCUACGUCCUCCUCACUGGCAUCUUCCUCAUCUAUGCCAUCACCUUCCUCAUGGUGGCUGAGCCUGGGGCCGCAGUCUGUGCCGCCCGCAGGCUCUUCCUGGGCCUGGGCACGACCCUCAGCUACUCUGCCCUGCUCACCAAGACCAACCGUAUCUACCGCAUCUUUGAGCAGGGCAAGCGCUCGGUCACACCCCCUCCCUUCAUCAGCCCCACCUCGCAGCUGGUCAUCACCUUCAGCCUCACCUCCCUGCAGGUGGUGGGGGUGAUAGCAUGGCUGGGGGCCCGGCCCCCACACAGCGUGAUUGACUACGAGGAGCAGCGGACAGUGGACCCCGAGCAGGCCAGAGGGGUGCUCAAGUGCGACAUGUCGGAUCUGUCUCUCAUCGGCUGCCUGGGCUACAGCCUCCUGCUCAUGGUCACGUGCACAGUGUACGCCAUCAAGGCCCGUGGCGUGCCCGAGGCCUUCAACGAAGCCAAGCCCAUUGGCUUCACCAUGUACACCACCUGCAUCAUCUGGCUGGCAUUCGUGCCCAUCUUCUUUGGCACUGCCCAGUCGGCUGAAAAGAUCUACAUCCAGACAACCACACUAACCGUGUCCUUGAGCCUGAGUGCAUCGGUGUCCCUCGGCAUGCUCUACGUACCCAAAACCUACGUGAUCCUGUUCCAUCCAGAGCAGAAUGUGCAGAAGAGAAAGCGGAGCCUCAAGGCCACCUCCACGGUGGCAGCCCCACCCAAGGGCGAGGAUGCAGAGGACCACAAGUAGCAGGGCAGGUGGGACCGGGACUGCUCGCUGCCUCUCCUUUCUUCCUCUUGCCUCAUGGUGGAAGCUAUAUAGAGCCCAGGUCCACAGUGAACAGUCAGAAGCAGGGAGUUUGCGAAGACCAUGGUCCGCAUCAGCGGGGCUGGCCUUGAGAAGGAACUGGACCCAGCUCUGCCCCGACCCCAGCAUGUGAGUUUCAUGCUUCCUCAUCACAGACCAGACUCGCUACCCAUGGGGGGAAACAGCCGCUGAGAAGGUUCUAGCUCUAGAGAGGGACUCAACUUAUUCUCUCCUCCGAAGUCCAAAGAUGAUGAUGAAGCCCUGGGCUCUGCCUGCUUUGAGGGAGAUUUCCUCCCCCCAGUCAACCCCCAUAACCUGGGGAUUGGGCAGCGUGGAAGAAUGUGGAGACCCCAGAAGGCAACAUGGGGUUGGAGUGGAGGAGGAGCUGUCUCAGCAAGAGGAGACCUGGGGCUGUGCAUCUGGAUGGAGGCACUCAGGCCUGGGUAGGAUUCCUCUGGCACUGAGGGAGAGACCCCGGGUGAGACCCCUGUGAGCAUGGGAAGGGCCUGCAGUGGGCGAGGGAGCGAGCUGAGGAACUGGGGUGCACCCCCAUGAGAUUCCCAAUGCCAUGGGCUUUCCCCCAUCCCGCCGGGAUUGGGCAAGGUCAGACUUAGAGUACAGCUGUUUUCCUCCCCUGUGUGUACUCCCUUAAAUCACCCCCAAACCUUGGCCAGGCGCAGUGGCUCACACCUGUAAUCCCAGCACUUUGGGAGGCCGAGGCAGGUGGAUCACCUGAGGUCAGGAGUUCGAGACCAGCUUGGCCAAUGUGGUGAAACCCUGUCUCUACUAAAAAUACAAAAAUUAGCCAGGCGUGACGGUGGGUGCCUGUAAUCCCAGCUACUUGGGAGGCUGAGGCAGGAGAAUUGCUUGAACCUGGGAGGUGGAGGUUGCAGUGAGCUGUGAUUGCGCCACUGCACUCCAGCCUGGGUGACAGAGCGAGACUCUGUCUCAAAAAAAAAAAAAAAAAAAAAAAAGCCCACCAAAAACCCCCCAAACCUUAAGAAAUUCAGAUACACGUGUGUAGUGUUAGUGAUGUGAGAACAAGGAGCAGGGUUGCAUUUGUGUUGUGUUCGGGUUGGGGAUGGGUUUAGGAGUUCCAGGUUGGGAGCAGUGACAGAGAGUCAUGGUCGUGGUGAGGGUGAAUCCCAAGUGGAUGGCUCAGGACAGGUAUGGAAACCCUUCAUUCCCCAUAGGUCUGGGAAGUCCAUUUGCAAGCUGAGCACCAGGCCUGGGGAGGAAGAGGCUUGGGCUGCAGAUGCACGCACAUUUGUUUUUCAUUGAUAGCGUUUACAAAAAGCUUGGUUUAAGUUAUGGAAUUUUGUGUCCCUGGGGGUAGAAUUUAAAUUUGUUAAAUUGACCACUGUUUAAGAUCAGUAUACAUUCUCUAGUCUGUGAUGUCUGGAGCUAGUUUUGAGGGUGAACCACACUUUAUCCAACACACAAACUUUCCCAUACGGCUUCUCUGCUGCGCAGUUGGUCUUGACCUUGGGACUAGGUGUUUCUGCAGUUUUUAAGUAAUUAACUUAAAAGCCUCUCCUCUGACAAACAUUUUUGUUGCACUACUCUCUCUCCUUCUCCACAUUUGUUGUGUUCCUAGGGCUUCUCCAUAGUGCGAAUUAGGACGUUUCAUUUGUUGCUGAAUGCUUUCCAGAAUGCAUUUAUUCCAUCGGGUUUCUCUCCUGUGCGGCUCUCUCAUGCGUAAUGGGGUGUGUGUUCUUGCCAAAGGCGGUUCCACACUCGUGAUUGUAUAGGGCUCUUCUCCUGUAUGAACUCUGAGGGUCAGUGAGCUCUGAUCUCCAAGGGAAAAUUUUCCUGCAUUUGCUGUUUUCUCAUGUCUCUCCCAGUGUGAAUCCUUUGGUGUGCAGUGCGCUCUGACUUCUAGCUGAAAACUUUUCCACAUUGCUUUACAUUCAUGUGGUUUUCUCCACUGUGAACUCUGUGAUUCAGAAUUAGAAGCAGUUCUUAGUAAAGGCAUUUCCACACUGAUUGCACUGAGGAUUUCUCCCCAGCGUGAAGUUUUGGGCGUACAGUCCUGGCUUCCCGCAGACGACUUUCACACUCUGCCACGUUCAUGCCUGCGGGCCUCUCCGGCAGGAACUCUGAUGCACCACGAGGCCUAUCUACUCCUGUGGCUUUCUCACAUUCCAUCUACUUGCAGGUUAUCUCCACAGCAUGCACCAUUCUGUGUACAGUGGGGCAUCCUCUGUUACUGAAGAUGUUAUAUUUAGUACAUUUCUCUCCUUCCCGAAUUUUCUGAUGUAUACAAAUAACUGACUUCCACAAGAGGGCUUUUCCACACUUGGUGUGUACAUACAGUUUCUGCCUGUGAUCAUUUCUUUUUUUUAUUAUUUUUUUCGAGAUAGGCUCUUGCUCAGUUUCUUAGGCUGGAGUGCAGUGAUCAUAGCUCACUGCAGUCUCGACCUGGGCUCCAGCAAUCCUUUUGCCUCAGCAUCCUGAGUAGCUGGUGUGCACGACCAUACCCAGCUAAUGUUUUAUUUUUUGUAGAGACGAGGUCUCACUAUGUUGCCCAGGCUGGUCUCGAACCUCUGAGCUCAAGCGAUCCUCCUGCCUCCACCUCCCAAAGUGCUGGGAUUACAAACAUGAGCCAUCACACCUAGCCUCUUUGAUCAUUUCUGUGGUGUUCAGUGGAGGUUGACAGCUCCCUAAAGAUUUUCCUUUUUUUUUUUGCAUGCAUGGGUUUGAGUUCUUUGAGGUCCAAUCAAUUUAUUUGGACCCCUGAAUAAAGUUUUGUGGGUUUUCUUCUAUGUGUGGAAUUUACAAGGCAUUCUUCCAGUGUGGUUUCUCUUAUGUCAAGUGAGAGCUGACCUGCACCGAAGGUUUGGUCCCAUUUGUUGCCCUUGAAUUAUUUCUCCCAGUAUGAAUUAUAUGUUCCAGUGAAAAUGAAGUUCUGGGUUGGAGGCUUAUUCCAUGUUUACACCAUUAGAAUUGCAGUGUUCCUCGCUGGGAUGAGAGCUCUAAAACAGAGUAAGGUUACGUUUUGAUGUAAGCUUUACCCACCUAUUUAUAAGGUCUCGCCUGUGGUCCACUGUGUUGAGACUUCUACAGAAGAGCUUCUAUAUAGUAACCAUAUUCUUAGGCUGUCUCACUUGUGUGAAUCUUCUGACACAUUUAUUAUAGCUUUGUCACAUUUCUUAUCCUUUUUGCUCUUUAGAAAUUUCCCCUUAAUUUGUUACGUUCAUUGCUUACUGUAAAGAGUCCAGGUAACUGACUUUAUUCAGUUACUUCCUGCUCCAUAAAUUGAACUUUUCCCA